AUGAUGAGGACAUGGAUGGUGUAUGUGGUUGGGUUGGUUGGAGAGCUGUAUGGCUCUCAGGUGGAGGAGACUAGAGAAAUGAGGGAGAUGAAAGAGGCACUUGAAAGGCUCUUUUCCCGCAGGCUGAGCGACUCUGAAAUAGAAAUGGUGGAGUCGCUCGAGGAUGGAGGAAACUUCGAGACAAGGGUGUUGGUUCCGGUUAUUUUCCACAAGGAUAAGGUUGUUGUGUCACCGGCAGCGAGAUAUCGGGAUAUUGAGAAGGAGGAGAGGGUGUAUGUGGAGGAGGUCAUUAGAAGGCUUCGAAGUCUGGUGUGGCAUUCGAUGGUAUACAUAUAUGUACCCAAGAAUAACGACUGGAUUAUGGAUUUAAUAUGUGAGGUUUUGGAGAUGAGUUCGCCGCAGAGAUUGGAUGAUGUUGCUCUUUACAAGGAUACGGGAGGGAAGUGCGGGAUGAAGUUUGUAGACCUGGUGAAUAAGAUGUUCAAGCAGAAUGCAGACAUGCUGAUAAAGUUUGGGGACUUGCUUUCUAACGGUGCAGAGACAAGGAUUUUGGAGCUCCCGGAUUCUUUGCGUGAGGAUGAAAGAAGAAGAGAGGUAGAAAUGCUUCAGAGAGUUAAGGAGUAUGGGAAGAUGCUGUGUACCGAGGAUAAGCAAAAGGAGAUAGUUGAGGCACAGAAGAUAAUGUGCGAUGCAUGUGAGCAGAUCUGGAGAAGGGAAGAGGAUAGAAAAGAGUUUACCAUGGAGAUAUACUCAAGAUAUCUAAACAUGAAGGUGAUGAGAGGAGGUGUGGAAAGGGAUGUGGAAGAUCCACUAAUUGAUCAUAUGGACCAUUACAUGCUGAUAAGUACGCAUAAGAAGUAUAAGUGUAUGGACGUUGUGGCGGAACUAGUCAGAAAGGUGUUUGUGGAGGACAAGGACAUUGAGGACUCGGAUGUCAUGAGUGCAGUGUGUUCUGUUAGAGAGAGAAAAAGGUUGGAAGAAAUGAGAGAGAUGGAAGAAAGAAAGAGAAAGGAGGAGGAAAGGGCCAAGAAUGAGGAGGAGCUGUUAAGGAUGGUAGAGAGGGAGGAGAGGGAGAAGAGGGAGGAGAGUAAAGGGAGAGGCAAGAAGAAGAGAGGUAAUAGGGGUGCAGGGGAGAGUAAGGAGGAGAGUAAAGGGAGAGGCAAGAGGAAGAGAGGUAAUAAGGGCGCAGGGGAGAGUAAGGAGGAGGACCGAGGGGAAGAAGGGGGUGUAGAGGCAGAGGAUCCGCUGGAAGAGAUGGCGGUUGGGGAAGCUUGGCGCAAGAAGAAGGGAUCGGGAGAAAAGAGGAUAAGUGAAGAACACCAUUAUAAGGUGCACAGCCGGGUUCUCCGGUGGAAGAAGGAUGCUGGGGAGAUCAAGCGUGAGUUGGAUGAGGGCUAUGAGAAGAAGUGGAAAAAUAGAUCGAUUGAAGAGAUUAAGGAGCAGAAGAAGGUGCAUGAUAUAGUGGAAGUGAUGAAGCUCCUCAGGGAUAAGGAGAAGUGUGACAGGUUUUUUGUCCGGACAGGCAAGUACAUGAAGGGCAAGAGUGAGAGAUGGAAGAUGGUAGCAAACGGGAUACUUGAGGAGGGAGGGGAGAAGAAGGUGGGAAAGGUCGAGGUUGGGCUUUUCAAGGGCGAGGGAGGAGAGAGUGUGGUCUACCACCUGAUGUUCAGGCCCACGGAGACUGAGAGGACAGGAAGGGUUGGAGGCUCGUCGUUUGGGAAGUAUGAUGAUGUGGAUGAGAUAAAGAAGGAGAAGUCCUCGGAUAUGUUUGGGUUUCGGUAUCCUUCUGGUGUCCGGUGUGAAAUGACGAGUAAUAGGAAUGAGUUCAGGAUAGAGUAUCGGAAUCGCAAGAACACCAGCGAGGUUCUCCGGACUCUCACUAUUCUUCGGAUUCCCGAGACUUGA